AUGGCAGUCGAUGAUGAUGGCACAGACUUGGACGCCGCUUUAGAAGCUUUGAUGUUGGAGUUCGAAGUUGCUGCAGAGUUACCUGUGGUGCUGCCUAGCUGUGAUAGCCAGUUGGCUCUGUUGCCUGUCGAAGAUCAAGCUGCAUCGCCGCCUCCCAGCCGGCGGCGGCGUCUCUCGAUUGAUUGGGCGACCAAGGUCUCCUCUUGGGUGCUUCCACCCGGCGCUAGCAGCGCGGUUUCUACUUUGACAAGUCGCCAAAAGUCUGCCUUUCGUGAUCAAUGGUGUGUCCGCCUGUUGCGCCGCAUGCCCCAUUUGAAAGCCACCAGCUAUAUUGACGGCCUUGCGCGAGCCAAAGAGUUGUGGCAGGAGCAGCCAUCUGAUCACAAAACCGGCUGGUUCUUGCACAUGGCAGAUAGCAGCCAUCCAGCACCGCCGUUCCCAGCAGAGAGCACGUUUGGUGACAGAUCUGGUGCCGCUAGCAGGCGUGGCGGGGGCACCGCUUCAUCUGCAGCAGGUCGUGCAACUUCUCAGAUGACGGAUGAGCGGCUGCAUGGCUUUCUCUUGACUUACAAUGGCUCCUGGGGAGCUGGCACUCCAGAGGUGGAUGCUUUGGCCAUGAUGCAAGGCACCCACAAUGAAUUGGUUGCUGCAGUGCGACAGUCCGCCUUUUACGAAGCCUUGUGGCGUGAGUUUGUGACGGAACUGACUUUGAAAAGCAACCAGAAUUGGCCACAGCUUUCCUGCAAGAUGGAAUUGAGUUUGAAAAGAACAAAGCAACAGAAUUUGGUACAUUUUCAUGUGGCGCUGUCGAAUUUCGAGAAACCUCUGCGCCUUGGGGCUUUGCAGCUUUGGGAGCUUCGUGGGGCCUUGCCACAUGUACGUGGCACCAAAGGGCGGGGCAAAGCAUUGCAGCGGCAGCUCGAUGCAGCCCAUUAUUAUGUGCAAGCUCCAAAGUUUGGGUCGGUCUUCUGUGAGAGUACCUAUGUGCGGUUUCAAGUCUUUCUCGUGGAAGCCACCUCCAUUAUGUCUUUGUGGCGUUUCUACAAGCUGUCUGACGAGGUUGCUAUUGAGGAGUUGUUGCGGGGCCGUGUUCGAGGCAUCCGGAACCACAUUGCCGAGAUUUCAUUUGUGCAGGAGCAACUGAAACAGAGGCGCGAGGCAGCCAUGCGAGAGGUCCUGGAAGUGCGUUUGUCCCAGUUGCAAAAGCCGGCACGUUGCUUGCCCGCAGUGACAGAGUGGCUGCAACUUUACACUGAUGGGUUUGGCUCUCGCUCCAGAUUUCCUUUCCUGGUUUUGCAUGGACCUUCGCAAUAUGGGAAGACGUCCUUUGCUGUGUCCAUCUUUGGACCAGCUGCCACGCUUGUUGUUAGCUGCCAAAACGUGCAGCACCCCAAUUUGACGCGAUUUGACAGAACUUUGCACAAGUGCCUCGUCUUCGACGAGUGUGAGCCAGAGCUGGUGCUCAAUAACCGGCAGCUCUUUCAAGCCGGCUCCACGCCGGUCAUGCUUGGACAGUCUCCGACACAGCAACAUGCUUAUCAAAUCUUUGCGUAUGCUAUUCCCAUGAUUGUCUGCACCAAUAUUUGGUCGCGUGAAGCCGACCCGCCCCACCGCACCUCGCUUGUCUUCUACGUCGGCAUGCUCUUCUCCGUGGACACGUUCUUCUCCGUGGACCUGCUCUUCCGUGGACUUGCUCUUCGUCGUGGAGGUGCUCUUUGUGUGCCUUGGCUGGGUGGGGUUGCUGGGGUUGGUUGGUUGGUUGGGCUGGUUGGUUGGUUGGUUGGUUGGUUGGUUGGUUGGUUGGUUGGUUGGUUGGUUCGUGGGUGGGUGGGUGCGUUGGUUGGUUGGUUGGUUGGUGGGUUGGUUGGUUGGUUGCUCGGUUGCUUGGUUGGCUUGUUUGGCUGGAUGGCUUGUUUGCUUUGGUUGGCUUGGUUGGCUUGGUUGGCUUGGUUGGCUUGGUUGCCUUGCUUGCCUUGCUCGGCUUAUUGGCUUGUUUGCCUUGCUUCCUUUGGUUGGCUUGGUUGGUUGGCUUGGCUUGGUUGGCUUGUUUUGCUUGGUUGGCUUGGGUGGCUUGGGUGUCUUGGUUGCCUUGGGUGGCUUGGUUGGCUUGGUUGGCUUGUUUGGCUUGGUCGGCUUGGUCGGCUUGGUUGGCUUCUUUGGCUGGAUUGGCUUCUUUGGCUUGUUUGCCUUGGUUGGCUUGGUUGCCUUGGUUGCCUUGCUUGCCUUGCUCGGCUUGUUGGCUUGCUUGGCUUGCUUGGCUUGCUUGGCUUGCUUGGCUUGCUUGGCUUGCUUGGCUUGCUUGGCUUGCUUGCCGUGGUUGGCUUGGUUGGCUGGCUUGGCUGCGUUGGCUUUGUUGGCUUGGGUGGUUUGGGUGGCUUGGUUGCCUUGGGUGGCUUGGUUCGCUGGAUGGGUUUGGUUGGCUCGGUUGGCUUGGUUGCCUUGCUUGGCUUGGGUGGCUUGGGUGGCUUGGUUGCCUUGGGUGGCUUGGUUGGCUGGAUGGGUUUGGUUGGCUUGGUUGGCUUGGUUGCCUUGCUUGGCUUGGGUGGCUUGGGUGGCUUGGGUGGGUUGGCUGGCUUGGUUGGCUUGGUUGGCUUCGUUGGCUUGGCUGCUUUGAGUGCCUCGGUUUCCUUGGUUGGCUGGGUUGGCUUGGUUGGAUUCGUUGGCUUGGCUGGCUUGGUUGCCUUGGUUGGCUUGGUUGCCUUGGUUGCCUCGGUUGGCUUGGUUGGAUUGGUUGGCUUGGUUGGCUUGGUUGGCUGGUUGGCUGGCUUGGCUUGGCUGGCUUGGCUUGGCUGGCUUGGUUGGCUUGUCUGGUUUGGUUGGCUUGUGCUUGGUUGGCGUGGUUGGCUUCGGUGCCGUGCUUGCUGUGGUUGGCAUCGUGCUUCUUUGGUUUGCGCGACCCAGCCCUGGCAGGAAAUUUCGCCUGCCGCAUUGUCUUCGGGUUCCGGCAGAAGCAGCAAUGGUUUGCAGUUUUGGAGGACUGCUACUGUGGGAUUGAAUUGCCGCCCGCGGGCAGUGCUGUGGGGGGGACGGUUGACCGACAAUUCUGUCCACUUUCUUUCAAGCCCAGUGGAAACUAAUUUUGCCAGUUGGAGCUUCGUAGUGACAUCUUUGGGAAACAUUUGUCUAACUUCAUUGGGCCAAGUGACUCGUGCGACCGCUCUGGCAAUGGCGCACGGCUUCGUGUUGCGAUUGAUGCAUGCAUUGCAGUUUUUAGUUUUGGGCAAGCGCCUCCAGCUUCCUUUGGCCUUGCAGCGUUUGGCUGAGCCAUUGGGCUUGCUAACCUUGCUGUUCAUUUUUGGCCACGGUUCUCAAUCUGUUUGGUCCAAGCUGGCACCUGCUGCCACCAUAUGCGUUGCUGAGUCCGGUCGUUUCAUGGUUGCAAUGAAGUCAACCGAGCUGCAAGCCUUAAGUCAGCGCAUCUACUUAGCUGAAAAAAGGCUGAAGAGAAGCCUGGCCAGCCACAAGCGUUUGUGCGAGAAGCAUUCCUGGGAAACAUUGUUGGUUCUGAUUUGGGGAGGUCAUGACAUGGAAGCAGCUGUGCAAUUUCUGCGUGCAAAACAUACCGAACCCAUACCGUUUGACGUUGAAGAAGCAGAGACAGAAAUCCUGCGCAUGUACGCAGAGUGCCGUGCAACUGCCUUAGUUCGCUUAGUCAUAGACCCUCCUGCCCGCGAUGCUGCAAAAGUAGCGGACUUUUUGGUGCAGUACCGCUUAUGGUUGUGGACGCGCUGCCAGAACUGCAGAGGUGUAGCCCCAGGACGUUUGCAUUUGAUGCGGCAAGCAACCAAAGAGAUUCCUGUUGGCAUUCCCGCGGCAGCUGCGCAAGUGCUUUUGCGCCGCUUCCAAGGUGCGCCUCGGCUACAGAGACAUUGGUGUCGCAAGUUCCGCUUGCGUUGGAAAGCGCGGCUUGGCCGAUUGCCACUUCAUCCCGCCAUACCAGAAGCUGAGCUUCGAGAGAAGGCGAUGGGUUUCUAUCGCUGGAUGAAUCACGUUGUCUUCACUGCGAAUGAGCCGCUGGUGAUCAACAUGGAUGAAUGCUCGCUGAAGCUCACUUUGACUGGACUUUCUGGGACCAUAGCCGACGUCCAUGCUGGUCAGAAGGCAACACUAGCUGCAUGCAGAGGGGCCAUGACGCUCAUGUCAUGUGUGUCGUCUGAUACAAGUCUCAACCAACGCCUGCCACAGAUAGUCCUUGGAAACCAGCACCAUCUGUCCAAGCGCGUCUUGGCUGCCAUUGCCGCAGAUGCAAAGCUGACAGGAAGCAACUUGCAGAUUUGGUGUGAGCAAUCGUCUUGGGUGACUGUGGACGUUAUGCUGAAGUUUCUGCACUCUUUGAGCGUCGCCGUGGACGCCCUGAAGUGCCCACAUCGCACCAUUGUGCUCGUGAUGGAUAUGGCGCCGCCGCAUCUAGCAGCCCCGGUUGCUCGUGCUAUUCGAGACAGAGGCUGGCGGGCUGUGCUUGUACCGGCAAAAUGCACGCCGUUCCUGCAGCCGCUUGACACUUGUGUUUUAGCUGUGUUGAGGAAAACCAUGGCUGAAUGUUGGGUGACAGCUAAAGGGGAGCUCCUGAAUGGAAACAUGACCACGUUGGAGUGGUUGCGUGUGACGGAGGAGUCAGUGCGGAGACGGAGGAGUCAGUGCGGAGAACAAUGUCUGACAGAGAUUGGUCCCACGCUUUUUUGCAAACAGGUUUUGCGUGAAGAGCUCGAUACCUUGAAAGCCAAGCGACAAGAGCUGCGCAAAGAAAUCAGUGUCAAUCGGCAGAACUUGAAGAAUGCACUGAAAAAGCAGCAGAAACUUGUGAAGACAGCAAAGCAGUUGAGUCUGAGUGAUUUGCGGAAGUUGGUCACCGCUGCUGAAGCAGCGCAAGAUUAG